AUGUCAGCGCAAUGGGCGGUUCCUGAAAGAAAGACAUUUUGUGGACAUCCGGAUAUCGCGGACACACAGACAGAGACAGGAGAAAUGGAAAAAAAAAACACAUCCAAGAAGUACUUGACAGAAAGCGAGAAACCAUACUAUCGUGGCUACUACGACGUCGUUCGUUCCGACGAUCCGAUCGCGUUGAAUUGGAGAAAACCAGAGGAAUAUCCGGCUCCGUACCUUCUUUCCAGUGUCGAAACCGCUCGUUAG